GGGCUGCGCUCCCCGCAGUGCUCAAGCGUUGCAGGCGCAGAGACAGGAGGGGACGGGUGGAAGGAAGGGAACUUGGCUCUUGCACGCGCCGAGGUUACGCCUUCCCUUUCCCCGCCCCCUCCGGUUUCCCUCAGAACGAUUUCUUUCCUCGGGUGUUUUUUUUCCCGCCUUUCUUCACCUUCUGGAAUUUUCCUCUGUGUUUUUUUUGGUGGGGUGAAGCGGUUUCCUCAGCCGUUCCAACCCCGUUUUGUGUUUGAUUUCGGUUUGUGUCUCCGCCUUUCUCCGGCGCUUCUCUACUUCCCUCCACAGCCACCCACCCUCCCUUUUCUUGUCUCCCUUGGGAAGAGCCCCUCACAAUGCGCGCCACGGGGACCGGGACGGCUGGCACGGCCACCGCCAGCUCGGGGAAAGCGCCGCCGACCACGCCGGCUGACGGGGACGGGCGCUUCAGCGUCCUCAGCUGGGAGCAGGUGCAGCGGCUGGACCACAUCCUGGAAGAAGCCGUCCCCAUCCACGGCCGCGGCAACUUCCCCACCUUGUCGGUGCGGCCCCGCAGAAUCGUGCAGGUGGUUCGUAGUCGUCUAGAAAAGCAGGGCAUCACUGUCCACAAUGUGAGGUUGAAUGGCUCAGCAGCUAGCCACGUGUUGCACCAGGACAGCGGUCUGGGGUAUAAAGAUCUGGAUCUCAUUUUUGGUGUUGAUCUGAAAAGCGAGGAUAUUUUCCAGCUGGUAAAAGAUGUAGUGAUGGAUUGUCUCCUGGAUUUCCUCCCAGAAGGGGUAAACAAAGAUAAGAUCACUCCCAUGACUCUGAAAGAGGCCUAUGUGCAGAAGUUGGUGAAAGUGUGCAAUGAAACUGACCGCUGGAGCCUUAUAUCACUGUCAAACAACAGUGGGAAGAAUGUGGAACUCAAAUUUGUAGACUCUCUCCGGCGGCAGUUCGAAUUCAGCGUUGAUUCUUUCCAGAUCAUAUUAGACUCACUAUUGCUCUUUGGAGAGUGCUCAGAGAAUCCAAUGUCUGCAAACUUCCACCCUACUGUCACUGGGGAGAGUAUGUAUGGGGACUUUGAGGAGGCGAUUGAUCACCUGAGGAACCGAAUUAUAGCUACUAGGAAUCCAGAGGAAAUCAGAGGAGGUGGGCUUCUGAAGUACUGCAACCUCCUGGUGAGGGGAUUUCAAGCAAAAUCAGAAGUUGACAUGAAAGCCUUGCAGAGGUACAUGUGUUCAAGGUUUUUUAUAGACUUUCCUGACAUCGGGGAACAGCAACGAAAGCUGGAGUCUUACCUCCAAAGCCACUUUGUAGGAAUGGAAAGCAAAAGGUACGAUUGCCUGAUGACUUUACACAGAGUGGUAAAUGAGAGUACGGUGUGCCUGAUGGGACAUGAAAGACGACAGACGCUGAACCUCAUUGCCAUGUUGGCCCUCCGGGUCCUGGCUGAGCGGAACAUAAUUCCAACUGUCACAAAUGUGACUUGUUAUUAUCAGCCAGCACCAUACAUGGGGGAAAUAAACGUCAACUAUUACGUAACCCACAUGCAACCUCUUCUGCCUUGCAGUCACUCCUACCCAACGUGGCUCCCUUGCAGCUGAAUGCUGAAAAAAGCUCCAGUCUUUGUCUUCGCAAGGAGCAGAGGCUGUGUGUUCAGAAGAAAAGAAAAGAAAAAAUAGGUCUCUUGCGCUGAGUAUCUUGCUCUUACAUUGGAACUAUAAGUCUACUUAAUUGUGGGAAAUUGUGCAGUGAUAUGUCUAAUUACCAGAAAUGUUUACAGGAAGAAAAUGCUUGAGUUAAUGUAUAAGGUGGGUGGAAAGGAUUAGGUUAAAAGUAGAGCUGCACUACCUUAAAUGCAAGCUGAUUUUUUUCUUUCUUUCUUAGUGCAAGAAGCAUUAUGGGCUGUGCAGACUCUAUUUUUUUCUGAACAUAUUUCAAAGCGUUAAUUCCUUUUAAGGGACCAAAGAAAUCUUAUACAAGUGCCUGCAACCCAAAAAAAAAAAAAAAGAAACACUGUAAUUUUUUUUGUAGUGGCAGAAAUCUAUAUUGACAGCUUAGUUAUGGAUGUUUGCGAGGAAUUUUUGGUUUUAGGAUCACACAUUAAUUUAUGUCAAGGGAACUGAGGUAGGCAGAGGCUUUCCACAGCAGCCACUGUAACAUGGCUUGCUGUUUGAUGGACCAGCAGCACUGAUUAACAGUUGGAGCAGAGCUGGGAUGGGGAACUAAAUGGGGGUUCAAUUUAUAAUGAUAGAGAAUUUUUAAUGUGAUGGAUUAUGUGCCCUCAUUGCCAAGGCUACCAGAGGAAAUGGGAACUACCCUAAAUUAUUAUUCAAUUUAAUGUGCAGUGCCAAAACCCUAAUAUUUUAAUUCCUCUUAAAGGAAAGCCUGUAGAUCAGUAUUUUGCUGUGUGGAUCAAUAUAUCUUUUUCAUGCAAGGAGCAGUUAUUCCCAGGCUUUUAUAGCCUCUAGGACUGUCAAUGGUAUUAGAGUAAAAAUGAGCUGGACCAAAAACAUAAAAAGGUACAUGCAUAGCCUUUGUCCUGGUUAACAAAAAGAACCAAUUAGACCUUGGCCCAGAAGCCCUCAACUUUGUGUCUGAUAGCCCACUACAGUAUCUUGAGAAUUGUGCUUCUCUUCCUGUUGGGUGUCUGUGACUAUCUACUUGAUUCCAUGUUAGACUAAGGAAACAUUUUAACACUGCUUGUUAUGGCUGUGCAAAACUUUAUAGUCUUAAUUUGACAAGGUAUCAGUGAUGUAUUGAAUCAAGUCAUCAAAUUGAAGACUAGGCUUGAUGCGUUGAAUCAGAUGAAGUGAUGCAAUUUAGAUGACUUUUGUUUGAAUUGAACUUACAAAUUGGAUUAACACAAUUCACAUGUUUGAACUGAAAAUUCAAAUCUGAUUUAGAAAAAAAAUACAUUUGGAUCGGAUCUGAUUUGCACAGGUCCAUUGCCUUGUUUUUGCUUAUAAAAUUUUGAUGUAGAGAAAAUUCCUCAUGUCUUGCGCUUGCUACAGUAGAAUAAGUAACGAGACGAGAGAGCUGUAGACAACUGUACACAGGAAAUUGUUGAUGUCUUGUCAAAUUAGGCUUUGAAAUAAUUAUUUAUCCAGCACAAUAAUUCUUCCUGUAUAUUUUUUUGGAUUGCAUAGAAAUUUUACAACAUAUCAGUUCAGAUUAGUUUAUACCUUUUAGGAAGCUGGGGCAGCAGAUACUUUGUCUGUUGGACAUACCUGCUCUGUAAGGGAUACACAAAAUGCUCCAUGGUGUAUCUUUGAAGGUUGACUUAUUUGCUAAUCUGUUUUCUUUGCAAUCAAAACUGUACCUUGUUGGAGCAGACUAAAAGAAAGGAAAAUCAAAAAUAAAAUAUACUUGGAUUUUGUCUAGCUAAACACUCUGCCUCUUCCUGAGAGACAAUGAGUUGAGAUGGUAAGGCAGUUUUUAACUUCUGUUGACUUAUUGACCAAUACCUACCACAACUUCACCCACUUUGAUAUUUCUACAAGUUGUACAAGCUAAGAGAAACUUAACAAUUCUGAUAAAUUCAGUGCUGUGUAAAUAGAGUUCUUGUAUAUAUAGGUGGCUUUAGAUGAUCUCAUCUCUAUACCGGUGAAGACUUCCAUGAACAUGGCUGCAAUGCCUGAUGAUUAAGAGGGCUGCCCUAGGUUUCCUCUGCCACUUAAAGGAAGGCUUUGCUUUUCCAGAUUGUCUCCUUUGACAACCAUUUGAUAAUUCACAUUUACAAGGAGAGAAAUGGGUUUGCACUAGAACCGCACAGCUGGCUGACAGCAAUGUUUUUAGCUAAAAUGAUGGGUGAAAAUUUAAAUAGUAAAAAUUGUCUCUGCAAAAAAAAACAGAUAAAUGCUGUGUUUGGAGAAAAAAAGUUCUCCCAUGUAAUCAAGGGCUUCCUGGAUGCUUUUUUUAAAGCACUUUUUGCUGUAUGGGGAUAUGUGGUGAAAUAUAAGUAGAGGCUGCACCAGAUAUAUCUGCUGUGAUACUGCUGUUUUCCUUGUGUGCAUGAGAAUAUCCUGAAGAGUUUGACACUAUGAAUGGCACUUCUAGACUUGUGUUUGAAUGUGUUCUGCAGCUAUCAAAUCUGUCAUGCAAUAAGCCUGACAUACGAACUUUGGAUUCUUUAGAAUCUGUCACCAUAAAUAAAUACAAUGUAUUGAACUCUGUUGGAUUUACUUUACUUAAUCAAACAAAGGUACCAUAGUUUUAGUUUCUAAUCCUCAAUUCUCUCUUCGGCCUCAAACAAAAUGGAUCCAAAUUAGCCUUCCCCAACCUGUACAUUCUAGAUAAACUGGACUACAAGGAAAGGCUGUUUUAGGCCACCCAAAUUAAAAGGCUCCAGGAAUAAAGGUGGCUUUCAAAUGGCUAUCCUUUCUCCUCCUAAGGGCAUAAUUGGCUUUUGCAGAGUAGGUGGAAUAAAGUAGGGAACGCCAUACUGAAGUUUCACUGCAGUCUUCUGCCCUGUAACUUUGCUGAUUGCAUCUUCUGCUGAUGAUUGGAUGAUACUUGUCCCAGUUCAUAUAUGGUAUGAUCUGAGGCAGAGGGCUACCACUCUAGGGU